GUUGCCAUUAUUUUAUAUAGUUUACUCAUCACUUGAUGCUGACAUGUUUAUUAAUUCGAUUCGUAAAAAAAAAUAUGGAACGGUCUGUGUAAGCUCUGGAGUACAACUGUCAGUGAUGCUGAGUGAACGAUCUCCCACGUCAACUACAAGCUGGAACAAAUACAGAUACCAGUCAAUCUUUUACUUCUUCUUGGAGGAUAUCCUCGCGAGUAUAAGGUAAUCAUUAUGGAUAUGAAAACAAGGAUAUGCUUAUACUUCAACCUUUUUCUCCGAAGCAAGACCUUAUA